GUGACCAAUUCUUCUUUAUUUUUUGCCCUGAAGAUAUUCCAAGGUGAGCAUUUGACUCCGAGUUAGCAAAUUCUCCUACUUUUUGCCCCCGCUCCUGCUGCACACGGACAUAUUCGAUCAUCAUUGGCCGGGCUGAUCCGUAUCGCGACCCCGGCGAGAGAAUUCGAUUUUAUUUAUGCUCGCUUACCACCCUCGCGCAUUACUCUAUUAUUCUUCAGGCGCCAUUACUGAUUCUUGGACAACUACAGGAGGAGUAUUCUUUUAUCAUUCACUCAACCCCCGCCUCAGUCCUACCUCCACCCUACAACACCACAACAUGUCUGACGAGCAGAAGCCCGUCGCCCAGCCCAACGCUGAGGCCGAGAAGGAUGUCCAGAACGUUCUGGCCGAGCUGAAGGGCGAUAGCAGCGAGGCUGCCGCUGCUCCCGCGGCCGAGGAGAAGAAGCAGACGACCGACGAGGCGGCGGAGGAGGCGCGCAUCGUGGAGGCGGCAGCCAAGCUGGGCGAGCAGUCCGCGAAGGCCGAAGAGGCGAAGCAGGAGAGCAAGAAGCAGGACGAGCAGCGCUCGAACAACAACCAGGGAGGUCGCAGCGGGCGGCCCAACUACCGCAACAACGUCAAGUUCGACCCGUCAAACCAGGAGGUGACUAGCGACCCGGUGCAGAUCCGCAAGCAGGUGGAGUUCUACUUCUCGGACUCAAACCUCCCGAUGGACAAGUUCCUGCUCAGCAAGGUGGGCGGUAGCAGCAACCGGCCGGUGUCGCUGGAGCUGCUGCACUCGUUCAAGCGCAUGCGGCGCUUCCAGCCGUUCAGCGCGAUCGUCGAGGCGAUCAAGUCGUCGGAGAUGGUCGAGCUGACGGACAACGACACGUGCGUACGCCGCAAGACCCCGCUCCCGGAGACGGUGACGGCGAACCACGACCCUACGGUGGUGCGCACCUUCGAGGACAAGUCCAUGAACCGCAGCAUCUACGCCAAGGGCUUCGGCGAGGAGGGCCCCACCACCCAGCUUGAGAUCGAGGAGUUCUUCGCCCCCCACGGCCCCGUCAACGCCAUCCGCCUCCGCCGCGCCUACGACAAGACCUUCAAGGGCAGCGUCUUCGUCGAGUUCGAGUCCGAGGAGAAGCAGCAGGCCUUCCUCGCCCUGGACCCCAAGCCCAAGUGGAAGGACCAGGACCUGCUCAUCAAGAGCAAGAAGGACUACUGCGACGAAAAGGUCCGCGAGAUCGAGGCCGGUCGGGUCAAGCCCAACGGUGGCCGUGGCCGUGGUGGUCACCGCGGCGGUCGCGGUCGUGGCGGCAACCGUGGCGGCCGCGGCGACAACAAGCGUGGCGACUGGAGAGACCGUCGCGGCGGUGCUAACCAGAAGAAUGGCGCCAGCGACAAGAAGGAGGAGCCCAAGGAGGAGCGCCGUGAGGUCCAGAAAGACGCUCGUGGCGUUCCCGUCGUUCAGAGCACCACCGAGGAGUCCUCCGGCCAGAAGCGCUCGCGUGAAGAGGACGGCGCCAACGGCGACCACCCCGCCAAGAAGGUGGAUGCCAAGCAGGAGUAAAAGCGACAAAAAUCUUGAUAUUUUCCAAAAGAGAUACCAACCGGUUAAGAAAACCAGAGAGAGAUUUGAAUUCCUUUUGGGUGUAUUUCAUGGAUGAUGGGAUGGACUUUCAAAAAGAAAAAGCAUGGCCUGGCUCGAAAUUUCCCUUGACUUAAAACAGAAGACCAUAUCAUAAUGGCGUUGUACAUUUACCCUCUUAUUUUCAUUAUUCUUUAGCUUUCUUCAACAACAAUGGA